UUCGCUCUCUCAAUUCUGUUGAGCGAGUCCUCUUCCCCUCCGGUUCACGUCUUCGUUACAUUUCCACGGCUCCCACCAGCGUGAGUGCGUGACCAGCCCCAAUGCCCUCCAAACCCUAGUCCACAGCUCCUGUACCCUGGCGGCCAUGCCGGAUCUGAGCACCAGCUACCUCCCUCCCUUCCCUGAACUGUCCCUCGAUGCGGGGGCCCUCGCCGUCGACCACGCGGGGAAUGCUGCAGCCGCCGCCUCGGCCGAUGCGGCGUCCGCGUACGCGUCUUCGUCUGCCUCUGUGGGCAGCGGCGUAGACGACCUCGUUAUUCCAGCGGAAUGCCGGUGGAAGGGCCAUGUCCGCACCUUCGACAUGGCGGGCGCGGGCGCUGUCACCACUUGCCCCGCCGCGCGGCGUGGCGGCGGGAAGAAGCUGUCACUGAUUCCGUCACUCGAGCCGGCACGGACGCAGGCUUCAGCAUCGGCUCCGACGCUCGAGGAACGCGUGAGCGAGUGGGCGGCUAAGAAGGCAGCGGCCGGCGUUCCGACUCAUCACUGCGUGCUGCCUUUCCUCACCGGGGCGCCAAUGGCGGUCGAAUGUCGUUUGUGCUCCAAGAUUAUUUAUGUUGGAGAAGAAAUAAAAUGUUCAGUUAAAAAGUGUCCACAAAUGUUCCAUCUCAAAUGUGUUGCGGAAGAUACUUCAAACUUUACCGUUGAAAGCUUCAGGUGCCCUCAACAUGGGUGUAUGGUUUGUAAGCAAAAGAUGUUCUUUUGGCGCUGCGGACGUUGUACAGUUGCAGCACAUACGAAAUGUGCACCAUGGCCAGUGGUUCACCUAAAAAAUGAUCAAGGAAGUGCAAUUUGCUGGAGGCAUCCUUCUGACUGGCUGCUGCAAAAUAAGAAUGCUGACUUUACCAACAGUGUAGAGGAAGUAUUUUGCCGGCUACCUCUUCCAUAUGUUAAUGAAGACUUAAAUAUUGAUUCAAUCAUCAGGGAUUAUGCUGAGGCUGUUUAUAAGCCACCCCCCUAUACAUCUAUCAGGCGCAAUGUAUAUCUGAUAAAAAAGAAGCGCACUGGUGUUCGCGUGGAUAUUGGGUGCACAAACUGCAGGGCUGAUUCUACUUGCAAAGAAGACUGUGAAUGCAGGGGUCUUUCUAUGAGUUGUUCCAAGAAUUGUCGCUGCUCAGAUCUAUGUACAAACAGGCCAUUCCGCAAGGAUAAGAAAAUUAAAAUUGUGAAGACAAAGCGAUGUGGAUGGGGUGCUGUUGCGUUGGAGCCAUUGGAGAGAGGUGAUUUUGUAAUCGAGUAUGUUGGUGAAGUCAUUGAUGAUGCGACAUGUGAACAAAGGCUUUGGGAUAUAAGACGGCGUGGUGACAAAAACUUCUACAUGUGUGAAAUCAGCAAAGAUUUUACAAUAGAUGCGACAUUUAAAGGCAAUGUGUCACGUUUUCUAAAUCACAGUUGUGAGCCCAACUGUAAACUCGAAAAAUGGCAGGUUGAUGGUGAGACAAGAGUUGGUGUCUUUGCCUCUCGUUCCAUCGAAGUUGGAGAGCCCUUAACUUAUGAUUACAGGUUUGUGCAUUUUGGAGAGAAAGUGAAGUGCCAUUGCGAAGCAGUGAACUGCCAGGGAUACCUGGGCAGCCAAAUAAAGAACCCAAUUCAAAGCAUUCUUGCCACUGUAGCACCGCAAGUGCAGUUGCGAGAGUAUUCGCCCAUGCACCACGAAGCUCCAAGAUUGAAGCCAAUAAAUCACUUGUUACCCUGGACCAACUGUAUAGAGGUCUCUUUUAACCUGAGAAGCAAAAGGAAAAUUGACCGGCUAUGCUGGGCCCGCAAGAAGAAGAGAACAUCCCUCGUGCCAUCUUCAACAAGCAUGCCAGCAUCGCCGAGUGAAGUUCCUGCCGCGGAUUUCUAACUGCCCUUCGUUGAAGAGCAAGCCUGCCCUGUAUAAUAAUUUCAUGGUACAUUCUUUACAUGCAUUGGUUGGAAACGAUUCUUUCACAUUGCUCAUCAAUGGUGUUGUAACCUGCAACAUUCUUUAUUUGGUUUCAUAGGGCAUUCAGUCAGUUUACGGGUGGUAGUUUGUCGGAACAUGUACCCAAUUUUUCUGAUGAAACAAAUGUUUGAGCUUCAUGUAAUGUUGGCUGCUGUUUUUUUUAUGCGAGAUAAUGUUAUGAAACUGGAUAGUCCCUGUAAACAUGGCUUAAAACAUGACAGAAUUAUUUUCUUUUA